AUGUCGUUUCUUAACCUCGACUCGACGUCCACCUCUCCUCGACCCAACACCGCUUCGUCGCAGUCCCUCCUUGCCUCCUCAUUCUAUAAUGACCGUAUCUGUCGACAGACCCCCUCUUCCGUGUCAUCACCCUCAACCUUGCCAGACAUUUCUGCAGGUAUCCGACUACGCUCCAGAACCCACAGCCCGAAGCGGUUUUCGGUCUUUAGGAAUCGGUCUCGCAGCAACACUGCCACCUCAACCUCCUCUUCCUACCAGUCUCCUGCUUCGUCAAUGACUUCAAUUGAUGCUUCAUCACGGAGGUCUUCUCAGGACGGCCGUUCGUUGUCCUCGUUCUUCUCGCCUGCGGAAAAAGAAAGCCUCACAAAGUCGUUGCUCUCUCGUGGCAGCCGUAUCCUGAAGCGUCAGGGAAGCAAAGCCAGCCUUGUGUCCCUGGUGUUGGAGCAGGAAGAAGAGAUGGUUAAGGUCAGGAGCAGGGAGAGAAGUAGGGAUAUACUUGGGUCGAAAGAGAAGGAAAAACAGAAUGGGCCAGAGGAAUUUGUGAGAAAAAACAUCUCUGAGCCAUUCAACUUCCAGCACGUUACCCACACCAGCCAGAGCCAAUUGCCUCCCAUCGAAUACACGCAUCCGCACGACUUGGCCACCGAGUUUUCCAUAAUCCGAGCAUCCCAGCGACCCGGCUCACAGCUCAAGGGCAUCCGAGCUGAAAGCCUCUUUUACCGAAACUGCUCUUCAGACGACUUGUCGACAACAAACCUUUCGACAUUGGCCCCUGAUUCGCAAUCCCUAUACACAAGAAGCCCACCGCAUUCGCCCAUCCGCACAAUGACACCUAGUUCACCGAGACUGCUGAACCACAGCCGAGCUUCCCGUUCGGUCGAGAACUUCUCUCGUCCGGUCUCGAGGACGAAUAAGCCAACAUCGGCACCUUGCAUCAUACCGCCGCCUCGCGUCUCAUCUAGAUCUGCAUGUUCCCGGCCGGCCGACCCGACCUCCCUGACCAUCGAUGCGUUGUUGGGCAUCGACUCUCCAUCCACAGGCCAAGAACAGUAUCCCUCUCACUUUGAGGCCACGCGACAGUUUCCAGACGAAAUCGUUCACGCCUACACCACCGACGACUACAGCCCAAAGAUCCCGGGGCCGUCCCCCGUCGAUCACGUGUCGGGGCUGGCCAACAUUCCAGAAGAAAACGAGUCUUGGCGCAACAGCCGCACCCAGGUCACGGGACGAGCGGACUCGCCGGCUAAAUUGCAUCAUCAACCAUUGUAUCUGCUGACGGUGGACUCGGUGCCUGGCGCAGAUGAUGCCCACUCACCCAUAAUCGCUAGUCCGGAGAGUAACCAUAAGCAACUGCGCGCCACCAACACUCUGCGGCCCAACCAAGAGCCCUCGGUGGAGAUAGACCGUGUCCUGGAAGACUCGUGGGAAGAUGACAUCGAUUACUGCUAUGAACACGCAGCGGAAUCGAAUUCAAACUUUGAUUGGCAGCGAGUGUCCUUUGAGGAAGUCGAAGAACGUCUGGCUGCAACUUCGCUCAGAGAGACAGAUGUGACAGCUCCCAGCCAUGAGUGUCCGCAGCGGCUCGGUCCAUUUCAGAGCUUUGGGCCCUUUGAGGAAUCCAAGUCCAUUCCAACCACGCCAGAACCGCAGUUAUCACUGUCUUUCCCGCGUCCCGGCAGCGUCAGCCCUGGAUCGGGAAACACUUUUGAAUAUUUUAACUCUCCCGGAAAAAAGCUGCGUAAAUAUAAGUCUGAUGUCUUCCAGGUCCUUGGGCCUCCACUUGAAGAUAGACUCUCGCCGUCGCCGAUGUACGGAGGUAUGAUGCCUGACAUCCAAGAGAGUGACGAGGAAGUUGUCUAUGCGCAGCCAGAUGACUCAACCGCAUCCACGCGCAACAGCUGCUCGCCGCUCAGCAAGUGCAAUUCUCAAGAGAGCAUGAUCUUGUCUCGCGCAGCGUCCAUCGCCAGAAAGCACCGUUCAUCCACAUCAACCAACAGCGUGCCGGAUUUAAUUCAUAGCCCGAAUGGCAGCCGUGAGACCGUUAACCGCGAAGCCUCAAAUGGCGCAGUCGAACAGGUAAAGGUCUUUGCACCUCGAUCUCCCGCACCUGGCAUCCACGCCCGGUGUAGCAGUCUGGCUCGAGACGUCGUCCGUACUACAGCGGGGACUUCCAGCGACACGCAAAGCUUCGAGAAGCCUUCUGUCCCUCUAGCCCCUUUUCAUGAUCGUGCCAAAUCAGCAUCCAUCCUUGACACUUUCGACACCUCCAAGCAUGGUGGCCCAGCCCUGAGAAAUCGACCACCAGCUUUAAGUCGGGGGGCAAACCACCGCAAAACACGGACUUCAUACUCUUUGUUCCCGACCGCUGACCCACCUACACCCAAAUAA